UUUUCAGUAAAUCACACCGUAAUGUCCCAGUCUGUCUUGUAAGCCUUAAGAAAAUGUUCACGCUGCUGACUUCCAUGGAGAAAUUCUGAUCCUAAAGUCUUCUGUGGGAUUCAGUCAAAGUGGAAAUGGGGCAAAAUGCCCCUCAGCACUCCAUAGGGCCUCUAUACCAUGUUGCUGAGUCAGGGGUAAUCUACACAAUGGCUGCUGCAGAGUCUUUGGGUUUGGUCAGGUAUAAAAGACACGGCGGCGGCGUCACCAAAGCAGCGUCGCAGUUCUCUGAGGAACCAACACAGCUAACACAACCAUGGGCAGGAUCAUCUUCUACGAGGACAGGAACUUCCAGGGUCGCUCCUACGAGUGCAUGAGCGACUGCUCCGACAUGUCCUCCUACCUCAACAGGUGCCAGUCCUGCCGGGUGGAGAGCGGCUGCUUCAUGGUCUACGAGCGCCCCAACUUCAUGGGCAACCAGUACUUCAUGAGGAGGGGCGAGUACUCCGACUCCAUGAGCAUGAUGGGCAUGCGGGACUGCAUCAGGUCCUGCCGUUCCAUCCCCAUGCACAGAGGCCAGUUCCGGAUCAAGAUCUUUGAGAGGGAGAACUUCAGCGGCAUGAUGCACGAGCUGCACGAGGACUGCGACAACAUCAUGGAGCGCUUCCGCAUGAACGACUGCAUGUCCUGCCAGGUGAUGGACGGCCACUGGCUGCUGUUUGAGCAGCCCCACUUCCGUGGCAGGAUGAUGUACGUGAGGCCCGGCGAGUACCGCAGCUUCAGGGAGAUGGGCAUGAGCAACAUGAGAUUCAUGAGCAUGAGACGCAUCAUGGACAUAUGAAAAAAAAGUGUUCUGUGGAAUAUGUUUCACUGAAUAAAACUUGUCUUUAAAGAA